AAUUAUUGAACGAAGCAACAAGUUGUUGUCUCGGUCACUCGUGAUUUUCACUAAACAUUACUUUGUACUAUUGCUUUUGAACUUUCUAUAUGUUAUUUUCCAAAAUACCCACACACAUCAAAAUACAUCCAGCUUGUUUCUUAAAAUCUUUUAUUUAUUAAACUAUUUUUUAUUUAUUUUAGCAAUUCUUGGACCUAUCUACUAUAUAACCCAUUGACUGAUUCAUGCAUAUAUAUAUAUAUAUAUAUAUAUAUAUAUAUAUGAGGACCAACAUCGAUUAAAAUUUGUUUUCAAUGUUUUAUUUUAUUUUUAUUUUUUUUGAAAGCAAAUAAUAGUUUAUCGUAUACCAUGUUUUAUUUUUCUCUUAUAUAUAUAUUUAUUUUUGUCGACUAUUUUUGUCUUAUAUAUAUGUGCAUAUAUCAUACAUAGGGAGACUCUGAUAAGUUAUCUCUGUGAUUACGACUAAGAUAACUAGGAGAGAAAAAUUAUCUCUUAUCUAUUCGCCUGUUCAUUCGUCAUUGUCGUGGCUAAAUGAUUUAUAUAGUAGUUUUUAUUUUUGUGUUUAUUGGAAUAAUUACUAAAUUAUUAAAUACGAAAAUGUCGUUUUGUUCUAGUUUUGACUAUUCAAUUAGCAUAUUAAACGUGAAUUGAUGUCUGGAGAGAGCUUAAUAUAGCUGUCGAGAAAGCUACAACUAUCUCUAAUUUAACGUGUAACUUGGCCAACUGCAUCUGAUGUAAUAGUUUUAUUUAUAGACCAAUAACAUAAUCGUUCAUAUAGCCGUCGACUUCUAUUGGUGAUUAUUAAUUACACACUCGGUUAUAACUUAUAAUUGGUUUGUUCUUGGACGGCCGAUGGAUAUACUUAGUUCACCAUAUUAAUUACUAGGAACAAACAAAACAUUUCUAAACCAAGGUCUUUAUGUUUCUGGUUGUAGAGUGAAAGCAAAAACUAAUAACCACUAAACAAAGGUGUGUUCGCAUGGGUUGCUCUCUGUCAAAGAAGAAGAAUGCAAUACGACCACCGGGAUAUGAGGAUCCUGACCUUCUUGCAUCCGUUACGCCAUUUACCGUAGCAGAAGUGGAGGCUUUGUAUGAACUGUUCAAGAAGCUAAGCAGCUCAAUUAUCGACGACGGUCUUAUUCAUAAGGAAGAGUUCCAGCUGGCUUUAUUCAGAAAUAGGAACCAGAAGAACCUUUUCGCUGAUCGGAUAUUUGAUGUAUUUGAUGUGAAGCGAAAUGGAGUGAUCGAAUUUGGUGAAUUUGUCAGGUCUUUAGGUGUCUUCCAUCCAAAUGCACCUGUCCAUGAAAAGAUCAAAUUUGCUUUCAACUUGUAUGACUUAAGGCAAACUGGAUUCAUCGAACGAGAAGAAUUGAAAGAGAUGGUAAUCGCGCUUCUUCACGAAUCUGAACUUGUUCUUUCCGAAGAUUUGAUCGAAGUAAUGGUGGAUAAGGCGUUUAUGGAAGCUGAUCGCAAGAAGGACGGGAAAAUUGAUCUAGAUGAAUGGAAAGAGUUUGUGUCCAUGAAUCCGUCGCUCAUCAAGAACAUGACUUUGCCUUAUCUAAAGGACAUAAAAGGGACGUUUCCAAGUUUCGUUUCAUCUUGUGAAGACGAAGAAUUGGAGUUGCAAAACCUAUAGAUUUCUAAGUGAAUUCCAUGCAUAUUGCAGAUAAAGAACGAUCAAAAGACUCAGCUUCUAGACUUCUUCUUAAUCUUUGGAAAGUUUUGUAACAAAAUUGUAAAGAGGACUAUAAGCUAGGAUUUGAAAUUGGCUGUAACAAACCAAUCUCGAUAAUGAUGUAUAUUGUCUUGUGUAUAUAUUUGCAUACCUUGCUAGCUUAAAUACUUCUAUGUGGAACAAAUGAACUUCCAUUUUCACACAGAGGAAUAAUUUUAAAAUACUUUAUUAUUAUUCGUUUUAGUGAUGUACAUACAACAUAUAAUCUCAAGUUUAAGGAGGUAAAGUGCAAUUUUGUUAGAGUCGGUAUGAAGCCACAAAGGUAUGUGAUGGGAGUUCUUAGCGAAAUAUAAGAAGUUUUAAGAACAUGAUUAACGAGAGUUCUUAACGAAAUAUAAGAAACCCGAACUUUCACUAAUUAUGCUCAAACAAUAAGAAAUCUAACCAAUAGUGGGGGUGGGGGAG